AUGAAUCCUGAAAAAUUAUCAGUUCCUAAAGUUCUUAGAAAUCUUGAAGAAUUCUCACAAUGUUAAGAUCUUUAAGACCAUUCUUACUUUUAUUUUGAUCAAAAUUCAAUCAAUCCUUACAAGGAAAUAGAACCUAACUGGGAUGAAACAAGAAGAAUUAGUGACCCUAUUCACUAAUUCAUAGAACUACCCAAAUCAAUUUGGCGUAUAGUAGAUACUGAAGAAUACUAGAGAUUAAGAUACAUAAAGUAACUAGGCAUGACCGGAUUUGUAUUUAAUGGAGCUAAUCACACAAGAUUUGAGCACUGUUUAGGUGUUGCUCAUUUAUCUUGGACCUAUUUAGACAAAAUAGCAAUGAAUCACUAGUAUAAGUUUGAGCAAAUGGGACUUAAAGACGCAGACCAUUUUGAUUAGAUAAAGUUAUUAGUUACAAUUGCAGGACUUUGUCAUGAUUUAGGACAUGGCCCCUUUUCUCAUAUGUUUGAUAAUAUUCUCCUCCCUCGUUUAGGAGAAAAAAAAUGGAAACAUGAGGAAGGUAGCUGCAUGAUGCUUAGAUCCAUUCUACUAAGUGAAGAAAAAGAUUUUAUGACCAACUUAGUUACUUACAAAAAUGCAAAAUUAAAUCCAAAAGAAGAUAUUGAAGUCAUUUUAGAUAUGAUCGAAGGAUUAACUUUAAGCCAAUGGAAAGAUAAAUAUGAAGAAAAAAAGUAAUAUCCAAAAUGGGUAUUUGAUAUUGUAUCAAAUAAAACCACCUCGAUUGAUGUGGAUAAGCUUGACUAUUUGAAAAGAGAUCCUUCAUGCUUGAAUGUUAAGCACGAGUUCGACUAUAAUAUUCUAUUUAAUGAAACUCGUAUUAUAGAUGGAGAAAUAUGUUACAAUAGCAAAAUUCAUGACACAAUAUAUGAUAUUUUCCAUAUUAGAUAUAAACUUUUUAAGCAUAUUUAUUUACAUAGAGUGACUUAGGCUAUAGAGCUUAUGCUUUGUGAUGCCCUUGAAAAAGCAAACCCAGUAUUUAACUUUUUAGAAACCAUUAAAUCACCAUAAAGAUACUUAAGACUUACAGAUUCUAUCAUAGAAAUAAUUUUGGGUUCAGAAGAUUGUGAAUUAGCUGAAUCAUAAUAACUCUUGAAAAGAAUAUUCACAAGAAAGAUUUACAAAUUCGUUGGUGAAAUAGUUAUUGACUAAUAAAAAGAUUUGACUGAAUCUCAAGUUUUAGAUGGCAUUUCUAGAAACAAUUAAUAUAGACCAUCAUUUUCUUGUUCAAGUACAAAACUCAAUGACUUCGAAAGAAAAAAUACUAUAGUGACUUUUUCUAAAAUCAAUUAUUGUAUGAAAGACUAAGAUCCUGUUAAUAAUUGCUACUUCUUUAAAUCUUCAUAGCCAUUUGAGAAAAAAAAAUUACCAGCUUAAAAUUCCUCUUUGUUAAGACCACAGAAGUUUGGAGAAUAAAUCAUUAGAGUCUUUGUUAAAGAAAAUGAUGAAGUUUUAAUAAAUAAAGUAAAGAAUGGAUUUGCACUUUAUACACAAAAAGAACUUCAUACCGAAACUGGUGCUUACGAUAAAAAAGAUCAUUAAAAAACACCUAAUAAAUCAGAGCCUUAAAAAAAAUUCAAGUUGAGUAGUCCUUAAUAUGAAAACAAUGAAAAUACCAACCAAAAGUAAAUGAAUAUUAUAAUUAAUGACGGCUCUUAAUAUUAAUUAAAUACUAAAACAUUAUUUUAAAAUGAUGAUUGA